CCCCUACCCUCAUGCUAUAUCAUAAACAACCUUCAUAUUCUCACUUACGAAUAUUUGGUUGUUUAUGCUACCCCCAUAUUCCUACUCCUCAUAAAUUAGCCGCUCGCACCACACCUAGUGUUUUUCUCGGAUUCCCGUCCAAUCACAAAGGCUACAAAUGUCUUGACCUCUCCACAAAUCGGAUACUCAUCUCCCGUCACGUAACGUUUGAUGAAUCCACCUUUCCAUUCCAAACUCAAACAAAUACUGACCCCCCAUCCUCAUACGAUUUUCUAAUUGACCAGCCUUCCCCAUAUUUACUAUCCCAAAUAUUCCCCACCGUUCCUAAUCUUCCAGGCCAUUCCCCACCUACUAAUAAUCCCCCUCCACUAACGUCACAUGCUGACCCCUCUACUUCACAGCCACAGCCUCCCACAUCUCCCCCACCCAGUCCAUCUCCAAUACCGACAAGCACUCACCCCAUGAUCACCCGCAGCAAAGCUGGGGUGUUUCGGCCAAACCCAAUCUAUAACCUCACCAACAUACACAACCCCUCUGUCAUCGCCUCCCCACUACCCAAAUCUCAUGUCCAAGCCCUUCAAGAUCCCAACUGGACGUCGGCUAUGAACAGUGAAUUUACUGCCCUUAUUAAUAAUAAGACGUGGGAGUUGGUUCCCCGUCCCCCUAAUGCUAAUGUUAUUCGUUGUAUGUGGCUCUUUAAACAUAAGUAUAGGUCGGAUGGGAGUCUCGAACGUCAUAAAGCUCGGCUAGUGGUUAACGGGAAAUCUCAACGCCUCGGUAUUGAUUGUGAUGAAACAUUUAGCCCGGUUGUCAAACCCGCCACAAUCCGCACGGUUCUUAGCAUUGCUCUAUCUCAUUCUUGGCCCCUCCAUCAACUUGACGUCAACAACGCUUUUCUUCACGGGUUCUUGAAUGAAACGGUCUACAUGCAUCAACCUCCGGGGUUUCGGGAUGUUACCCGCCCCAACCAUGUCUGUCUCUUGAAGAAAUCACUUUAUGGCUUAAAACAGGCCCCACGGGCAUGGUACCACAGGUUUGCUUCUCACGUCGCCAAACUGGGUUUCCAACACAGUAAGGUCGAUCAUUCUCUUUUCAUCCAUCACAAUGCCGGUGCUACUGCCUACCUUCUAUUAUACGUCGAUGACAUCAUCAUUACAGCAUCCUCCACUGCCCUCCUCAACGAUAUAAUCUCCAAACUGGCUGCUGAAUUUUCAAUCAAGGACCUGGGUCCCUUGUCUUACUUUCUUGGGAUUUCUGUAACUCACUCUCCUGGCAGCAUUUUUUUGUCCCAAGCCAAAUAUGCUGGUGAAAUUUUACAACGUGCUGGCAUGCACUCAUGUAACUCUUCUAAUACUCCAGUCGACACCAAAGCAAAACUCCGUGCGGCUGUUGGUCCUCCUGUGCCCGACCCUACUUUAUACCGUCGUCUCGCCGGUGCCUUGCAAUAUCUCACAUUUACUAGACCCGAUCUCUCUUAUGCGGUUCAACAGGUAUGCUUGUACAUGCAUGACCCUCGGGUGCCUCACCUUGACGCUCUUAAACGCAUCCUUCGUUAUAUUAAAGGUACCCAGCAUCACGGCCUUCACCUCCGCGCUUCUGCCACCAAUCAACUCCUCGCCUACACCGAUGCCGAUUGGGGAGGAUGCCCCGACACCCGCCGUUCUACAUCCGGGUAUUGCAUUUUUUUGGGAGAAAAUCUUAUUUCUUGGUCAUCUAAACGCCAAGCUAUCAUAUCCCGUUCUAGCGCUGAAGCUGAAUACCGUGGCGUGGCAAACGCGGUAGCCGAAACAUGUUGGCUUCGUAAUCUUCUACUCGAGCUUCGUCACCCUCUCUCCCAUGCAUCCCUCAUUUAUUGUGAUAAUGUUAGUGCUAUCUAUAUGUCUCAUAACCCGGUCCAACAUCAAAGAACCAAGCACAUUGAAAUGGAUAUUCACUUCGUCCGAGAACGAGUUUCCCUUGGUCAUGUUCGUGUUCUCCACGUUCCUUCCCGCUUCCAAUAUGCGGACAUCUUCACGAAGGGACUUCCACGGGUUCUAUUUGACGAGUUUCGCUCCAGUUUGAACGUAAGCUUACCCCCCGAUCAAACUGCGGGGGCGUAAUAGCACACAUCCUACGUAUGCAUGGGAAUGCAUACGUAUGUAUCACAUGGCCUCACAUAUUAUUUAGCAUUUAUCUUAUUAUUUAAUAUGUACAGUAUUAUCCCAUUAUUGUUACUAGCUAUUCUCAUCCGCAAGACUCUCCAAUGUAUACCAGACUUAGAUACGUAGUUUUGUCAUACACGAAUGUAUCUUCUAAAGAGAUAAGCAUUGUACAGUUGUAUUUAUAUUCAAUGAAUGGAAAGGUAGCG